AAUUAAACUAACACCACCAUAAAGAAUUGAAAUGAGGGGAACGAGGAGAACGAGAAGGUGUACGAGCAUCAAUAUUGACCAAUGAAGGCCUUGUUUUUGUAUUUUUCAUGUACCUUUCCUUCUUAAUCACUCUUUUACCAUUAGUAUCAUCUCCUUAAAAAAUAAAAAUAAAAUAAUAAUAAUAACAACUUUAUUUAUUAAUCUUCUUCUUCAACAAAACCAAAAGCUUGCUUACCCAUUCUCCAUUUCUUUGUAUCUGGGCUCUCCUGUUUUUUUCACAUUACAAAUGGCAGAUCUCGGGCCCAGGUCUGAGAUCUCAUUCGCCCAAACUUUCUUUUGCAGUGCUUUUGCUGCUUGUUUCGCCGAGUUUUGUACCAUCCCUUUGGACACUGCUAAAGUUAGGCUACAGCUCCAAAAGAAAUCAGCCGGGGCUGAUGGAGUGGGCUUACCUAAAUAUAGAGGUUUGUUGGGUACUGUUGCUACCAUCGCUCAGGAAGAGGGUAUAUCAGCACUUUGGAAAGGCAUAAUUCCAGGACUGCAACGCCAAUGUGUGUAUGGAGGCUUAAGGAUUGGGUUAUAUGAUCCUGUAAAAGUUUUCCUUGUUGGCAGUGCUUUUGUCGGAGAUAUCCCUUUGUUUCAUAAAAUAGUUGCCGCUCUGCUGACUGGUGCUUUGGCUAUCGCACUGGCUAACCCAACUGAUCUGGUAAAAGUUCGGCUUCAAGCUGAAGGAAAAUUGCCCCCUGGGGUGCCUAGGCGUUAUUCUGGAGCUAUAGACGCAUAUUACACUAUAGUGAAACAGGAAGGAUUGGUGGCCCUAUGGACUGGCCUUGGGCCAAAUUUAGCACGGAAUUGUAUUAUAAAUGCUGCUGAGCUAGCGAGUUAUGAUGAAGUGAAGCAGACGAUUUUAAAAAUUCCAGGGUUCAUGGACAAUAUUUUCACUCAUCUACUGGCUGGUCUAGGUGCAGGUUUCUUUGCAGUCUGUAUUGGUUCUCCUGUUGAUGUGGUGAAAUCUAGAAUGAUGGGAGAUUCAACCUAUAAAAACACUCUUGAAUGCUUCAUCAAAACUUUGAAAAGUGAGGGAUUCUUUGCCUUUUAUAAAGGGUUCCUCUUAAACUUUGGUCGGCUAGGAUCUUGGAAUGUGGUUAUGUUUCUAAUGCUUGAGCAAAUGAAAAACGUAUUCAGAGGGGGAGUAUAAACCCACGCCUGUUAAUGGCCUCCACAGAUUCUUGAACACUCAUUUUUUCUCUUCUGACAAGAGAUGAUAUCGUCUUUAUCAAAGUUCUUUUCUAAAUAUUAAUUCUUAUGUGUAAUAUAUAAUUUCAAUUGUUGUUUCAUUAAUAGAAUUGUAGAGGUAGAUUUAUGAAAAGUUACUUUUAUGGUGAGCAUUGGAUGCUUUACUGCCCACUGGACUGGACAUUUGUCAAAUUUAUUUACACAUUGUUAUUUGAUUGAAUAAGCCAUGAUUUCACAGGAUCU